UUUAGUGCCCCAAGGGGUUGCGCACAAGGCAGUCGGUGAUCUGUGAACACACAUGGAACAUUUCAGCGCAGUCAGUCCCAACGAUGGUCAAAGUUGGGUAAAUGUCUGAGAGCUGAUGCAAGGACUUCAAAAUGAAUCAGAUGGAGUUGCUGUAUCAAAUAAUCGUAUUCGGUAUGGCGGUAUAAGGAAUACAAGAAAAAAGAAAAGCACAUCGAAACUUGGCUGAUCGCUAUCUGAUUAACGGGACGGGACGUCUCCAAGUUCGUUAAGCAAAACCUUUCCACCAUCGAGACAGUUUCUGAUAGCUCAAUGUAUAGUUUAUGUGACGCACGGAGUGCACAAGACAAGGCUGUAUUCGUACAGGUGCGAUUUUGUAGCCUGCACUAGUCAAGCUACUCUUCUUGGGUUGUUGAAACUCACGAAACUCCGAGACUGGAAGUUACAUGGAAUAAAGUGACAGCCAAAAUGAGCAUUUACUCUCAUAUCUGGAGGUUUUUACAGAUAUUCCUUGCGACGAUUGUCACAGUUGUCACCCAAGAGUUGAACAGUCAGGAGAUGUCAGACAACACCAAGAGCUCUCUGCCAUUCCCUGUGUUCCUUCCAGUCAACUACCAGGUGCGAGAUGCAGACUGCUUCUUCCUGAAGGAGACCGGUCAGGACAUCAUGAGAAACUCCAGCCUGCAGACACAGACACAGCCAUUUGUCAUCCUGAGAGCCAGCCGGCCGCCUAUUGUCAACGCCAGCUAUGGGCCCCUGUCCAAAGAGCAGCCUGUCCCUCUAGACCUGAUCCAGUCUGUGCAGCUGUUCCGGGCCCCGGGGGUAUUCACCUAUAACUGGAAGGUCCAGUUCUUUGUGCUGACCCCCCGGGUCUACUCAUCCAUGCCCAAGGUGCAGGUGUUGUUCUAUGUGGCUGGGAGGGACUGGGACAGGGGAGCAGAGGGAUUAAAUGAUGAGUUGCCCUGUGUGAUGUUGUUUGCCUUCUGGCAGACCCAGGAGGUAAGGGGCUCCUGUGCCCUUGGAGGUCAGAGGGGCACCUGCAUGGCUGAGCUGGAGCCUGUAGCCAGCUGGUUUAGUCCCGCAGCAGAGAGCUCUAGCCGGGAGAGGCUGUACCUAACAGAGGGCAACACAGUAGAGCUGUACUACCAGGCCCGGCCCAGUGCCUACGGGAAGUGCAGGGAGUGGGAUGGGGGCCGCUGGGAUAGCUCAGAGCAGCAGCAGCAGGCUGAGUACGUCCCUGUUACUCCAAUGCAAAGAAUCGGCAGUGUACGCCUCCUUCAGGUGCCCAAGGGAGCUGCAUCUGUGUCUCAACUCAAGCUGGGAAAGGCCGUUGUCAUUCAGACCUCCUCCAAACCCCUGAAGAAAGAUAUCGCCACUUUCAACAUCCUCACGGCCAGCUCCUCCUCCCUGAAGAACUUCACUCUGCGAGCGAUUGUAAAGAAGGGAGUGUCGUUUCGCACAGCAACACCUAGUAACUCGUUGCUGUGGGACAUCACUCUGGACGCUGGAGCAGAUGGCACCAUCACUGUUGUUUGUCAGAGGAAAUCUGCCAUACAGGGAAAAAGGCUGGACAGCAGUCUACUGGAGGUCCUACAGAUGGACUUUCAGGUGGAGGAGCAGAGCAGCCAAUCAGACAGCCAGGUCAUCACAUGGCGCCUGGAGUUUCCCGCAGACACCAGGGAUGGGGGGAAGGAGGGUUCCAUGGAGAUCUACACCACCCAGAGAGACUUUGUGGGCCUGGCCACACUCGUCAUGGACACAGAGAUCCUGAACACGGCGGUGCUGACUGGGAAGAAGGUGGUGUUGCCUGUCAGGACUGUGGCUGUGGAGGAGGACGGGUCAGUCACUGACGUCUCAGACUUCACCAACUGCAGCUCCACUGAUGAGGACAUCCUGAAGGUGUCAGACAGGUGUGACUACGUGUUUGUGAAUGGGAAGGAGAUGAAGGGCAAGGUGAGGAUGAUGGUGAACUUCACCUACAGCUACCUGAGUGCCCAGCUGGAGAUGAAUGUAUGGAUCCCACGGCUGCCCCUCCAGAUCGAGGUGUCUGACACAGAGCUCAGCCAGAUCAAGGGAUGGAGGGUGCCCAUCAUGACCAGCAAGAGGCUCAGCUGGAACAGUGAUGAGGAGGAGGAUAAGAAGGGUAAAGGCUGCAUGUUGCAGUUCCAGCAUGCCCUUGUGCGUGUGAUCACACACUUCAUCGCCGAGCAGUCGGACCCCCGGGAGCCCCAGGUCUACUUUCUGGGCUCAGACUGGCAGGUGGACGUCACCAGGCUUGUGCGCCAUUUCCUCAAGGUGGAGGACACUCGCAUCGCCAGACUGCAGGCAGGGAGGGUGCUGUCAGGACAAGACAUGGGGACCACCUCCAUCCAGGUGUUCUCCCCCCUCUCAGACUCAAUCUUGGCAGAGAAGACCGUGACGGUAGUGAAUGACAAAGUGACCAUCACAGAGCUGGGGGUGCAACUGGUCACCGGCCUGGCUCUGUCCCUGCAGCUCAGCCCAGGAAGCAACAGGGCCAUCCUCGCCACGGCAACCAUACAGGAAGUGCUGCAGAGCCCCAAACAGAAGGCUGUGGUUAGUUCCUGGGUCCAGUUCAGCGAUGGCUCCCUGACCCCUCUGGACAUUUAUGACCCGGCCUACUACCGCGUGACACUGACCUCUCUGGACCAGGGCGUGGUGUCGGUGCAGGGCUCCCCGCCUGCAGUGGUGGCAGAGGGCGAGGGACAGGGUGUGCUGGUCAGGGUGGAGAUGGCCAUCUGUGAGGCUUGCCAGAAGUCCAAACGGAAGAGCUCGCUGGCCGUUGGCAGCGGCAGCCUCAAGGUCAAGUUCCAGGUCAACAGCCGGCGCUUUUCCAGCAAUAGUAGCAGCAACAGUAGCAGCAGUAGUGGAGGUGGGGUUGGCAGUGGCAGUAGUAAGGACAGCAGCAGUGACUAUGGGAAUGAUGGAGAGGAGGUGGACAGUGAGAGGAAGCAACAGCAGCCACAGCAGCCCCUGCCCAGCAGCUCAGCCUCAGAGCGGGAGGAGAGCGCCAUGCGCAAGGUCACCACAACCGCCAAAUCCAGUGAGCCAGACGCCGCUCCGGGGAGCUUGUCCAGCGGUGGCAGCAGCCACGGCGGAAUGGGGAGGGCGAGUGAAUCAGGAAGUUUCUUAAAUGCUGCAACCAUCAACAGUCCUGCCAGCCCCAUCAAUGACAGUGAUGUUAGCAGCCCUAGUGACUAUGGUACAGCUGAGGGGACAGACAAUGGGUUAAUUGGAGGUAUAGGUAGUGUUGCAGUCAGUAGCACUGUGAAGACACUUGGUAACCUGAUCCACUACAAUAACUUCCCCUCUCAGGUGGAGGUGCCUGACCAGGAGCGAGUCGAGGUGGACAGGGGCAAUGAGGACAUGCUGUCUAACCGGCCUCUCUCAGACUUGGAGAUCGGCAUGUACGCUCUGCUGGGGGUCUUCUGCCUGGCCAUCCUGGUCUUCUUGGUGAACUGCAUCUCUUACGUAGUAAAGUUCAGGCACAAACAUCCCUCCUCUCAUGGCCAGGAGCCCACAGGGCACAGGCACGACUGGGUGUGGCUGGGCACUGAUGCAGAGCUGGUGAUGAAUGUGCCUGGCACUCCCCUCCAGCAAGACGACCACAGCACCACAACAGUCAUAGACAUUGGGCCUGAUAAGACUGCCUCCCUGCCCAGGCAGCCCAGCUGCCUAGCCUCCUCUAGACCCUCCUCUCCUUUGGUCUGUGGGGGCUCCCUCGGGGCCAAGCCCAUGAACCGCACUGAGUCCCUCCACUCCCCCACAAGCAAGAGGAAGAGGGUCCAGUUCACCACCUUUGCCUCUCUGGACCGUGAGCACUCCCCACACCUCCCCAGAGAGAACGGCCAUGGCAUCCACUGGGUGGGGAAGGAGGAGAACUAUGUUGAACCCCAAGUGCCCAUCACAGAACCCGUGGACCAUUUAUAAUACACAAAGGGACCGUUUCACCCCAACUGUGGGUGUGUAUGUGGCUUUGAUUGCCUCAAUGCCUUUAUUUAUAGAUAAAAGCAGACACAACAUAAGGAGCAUCACCGCAAGUGGUUAUACUUAUUCAUUAUUUGUGGUUAGUUUUAAAUAUCUGUUAAGGCGUCUUACAUGUAAAUAUCUUAAAUGCUUUGUGAGAGACAUUUUUUGUAUUAGAUAUUAGAGAAAACACUGUGAAUACGUGUGAGGAUGCUUCUCAUCAACCGACUAAUGGCACUUUGUGUGGUGGACAGGAUAAAACGUUUGACUCAGGCCAGUUGAAAUAUCUUUUUUUUUAACAAAAAAACAGAGGGUCUUGUUGCAUGUGAAAAAUGUAAUUGUCUUACCUUUUACACUCACAUGGUGGUACCCCCUAAAGCAGGGAUAUUCAACUAGAUUCAGCCACCGGCCAAUUCUUUUCUUUGUAGAAUGCAAAUUGACUUCAAGAAGCCGAAACGGAUAUAAUAUUUGACUAUAGAAUAAUCAUUUCAAACCUUGCUUACAUUUGUACACAAUCACAUAAACUACAUGACCACUCGUUGAACAUCUCAUUCUAAAAUCAUGGGAAUUAAUAUGGAGUUGGUCCCCUUUUGCUGCUAUAACAACCUCCACUCUUCUGGGAAGGCUUUCCACUAGAUGUUGGAACAUUGCUGUGGGGACAUGCUUCCAUUCAGCCACAACAACAUUAGUGAGGUCAGGCACUGAUGUUGGGCAAUUAUGCAUGGCUCGCAGUCGGCGUUCUAAUUCAUUAUCAUGCGGAAACAUGAAAGGGCCUUCCCCAAACUGUUGCCACAAAGUUGUAAGAAGCACAGAAUCGUCUAUAAUGUCAUUGUAUGCUGUAGUCUUAAGAUUUACCUUCAUUGGGGCCUAGCCCGAAUCAUGAAAAACAGCCCCAGACCACCUCUAUCAAACUUUAUAGUUGGCACUAUGCAUUGGGGCCGGUAGCGUUCUCCUGGCAUCCGCCAAACCCAGAUUCGUCCAUCAGACUGCCAGAUGGUGA